AUGGCUGCAUCUGGAAUAAACCGUGGUGUGAAGCCUCUUCAAAACGCCAUGAAAAUGGCUAAACUAGCUACACAGCUGGACGGAGGGAACCGACACAAGGAGGCCUACUGUGAAUAUCUAAGGAGUAUCAACUAUAUAACACAUGCACUUUUGGAGGAUGCUAUGUCAAAACAGGAGAAAGAAAUGGUUGUAGUGGAAGUGGAAAGGAUGCUGAGGCUAGCCGAGCAAUGUCUGGAGCGAGCGAAGUCAUUUAUAGGGAGAAGAGAUGAACCGCCUGACCUCUCUACCACCACCUCCCCUUCCCUUUUGUCUUCAUCUGUCCAAUCAAGAACACUCAACAAUUUCAGUCCUGUCCAUCCAAGCAGCACUGUAGACAUUGUUGCCCCCUCUGAUACUCCUGUUGACAAAGAGCUCAAAUCCCCCAGCUCAUCAAAGCCUGGUGACUCCAGCAUAUUGUCAGAGGGUAGUGGGGAUUCCUGCCCUUUCCUACCUCCUGAUGUCUUCCAGAGGCUACAGACAGUAGAAUCACAGGACAUAAGCAGAAAAGAGUUGACACCUAUCGAGGAAGCAUCACGUAUGAACCAGAAGUUGAAAGCCAAUUAUGAAGCUCGUCUUGCAAGGCUCCCACCUGGUCAAGCCUACCAAAAGACAUCUUUGACGCUGUCUCUUCAAAGGCAGAUGAUGGAAAACCUCAUCGUAGCCAAAGCCAGGCAACAAGCUCUCCAUAGGAAGAUGGAGGAGAGGAGACUUAGGUUGCAGGAAGAAGCCAACAGGAGAUUUGCAGCUUCAGGGACAGUGACUCCAGAGGAGCAAGAGCAGCGUAUUCUCUAUACCAAUGUUCUCGAAUAUGAACAGGACAACGAUUGGCCCAAAUUGUGGAAAGCCAACUUGAAGAAGAAUCCUUAUGAUGGCACUUUGAUUUCAGGCCUGGUCUCAUACCUGCUCAGCCGUUCUGACCACCCAGUGAUGAAGCUGCUGCGGAAGCAACAGUACAGAGUGUAUAACAGGCUCUACCCCAUCGUCAGCAAAGCUCUGCCUCCCAGUCCUGCGCUGUCACUCAAACAGUCUCGCAGUGCCCACAACCUGAUCCAUCAUGAUUCUCCAAAGAAUUUGACCAGGACUGUUGGAGGUGGUGUUGGAGGCCAGAGCCUCAGCUUUGACUCCUUGCCUUCUCCCUCCCUCUGCAGUGACCUAACCACCAAUUAUGGGGACGAAGAAGGAGAAGAGAUUGGCAUACCUGUGACAGUAGACAGGGAGAAUUCCUUUGAGGACUUGGAACAGUUCCUGACCCAGCUGGACUGGGCCCCAUCUCACAUCACUGGCAAUGACACUGGCUCGGAUUCGGACCUGACUUUUGAACCCUCUAUGCAGCUGGAGCAUGAGAGCCACAUCCUUGAGCUAGAGAUGAGAGCUCUGAAAGAGCACCUGAAGGGCAUUGUCAAGGACAUUCAUAUUGCUAUUGACCAACUCCUGUCCCUUUGUCUGCUAUCCUUUGAGUGUCUAAACACAGCAAGCUCUAAGGACCUGUGUGUAGCUAGUAUAGAGGAAGUCUUCUUCACACCACUCUGGAGUCCCCUAUUGGCUCUUUUCAGGAAGGUACACAGAGAGAGGGAGCUUGCCUUUGAGUGCAGUGUGAAGCUAUACCGUGAUGCCUCACCUGGAGACAUCGGUGUUCCCCUAAAACUGUUUCCCCAGGACCCCAGCACUCUCAAAGGCUCCUACCCUUAUGAGUCUGCAGUUCAGGAGCUGAAGCUUCUGUUUAAAGACUGUUGCCCACAGAGAAAGCUGGAGUGUAUUGUUCGGACGUUGCGUCUAAUCUGUGCCUGUGCCGAAGACUACAGAUGUAUCCAGGAGGGCGACUCGCAACCCAGAAUGGCUGCCAUUGGAGCAGAUGAUCUGUUGCCCAUCCUGGCCUAUGUGGCUCUACGCUGCGAGUGUCCUCAGCUGGUGUCUGAAUGCGCAGCCUUGGAGGAGUUCAUUCAUGAAGGUUAUUUGAUUGGAGAGGAGGGUUACUGUCUGACCUCCAUUCAGAGUGCCCUGGCCUAUGUUGAGUCACUGCACACAGGAGGAGCUCACAGCUGCACAGCCGAGCUUGCUUGA